UGGCGUCGGCAGCAGGUGAGGCGAGGGACUGUCACACCUUACUAAUGACACUGGGUGGCACUGUGUCUAGUGCCACCUGUUGGGGAGGACGCAGGGCACCUCGAGCAGUGUUUGGCCUUCGUUCCUCCCGCACCUUGCCCAAGAACUCUCUCGUAGGGAACUUAUACUUAACGAUGAGGUGCAGCGCGGACCGUCAACAGAACUUCAACCUUUCAUAAACACUCCUCUGGGCCGUGGCUCAUGUAGACUGGCACUCUCUCUACGCGGCUUCAAGCAAGUUUACAAACAAGCAAAUCUUCAAGCAGAAAAAUGGAGUGGGAGGAUGAUGGAAGAGGAGGAGGAGGAGGUUGUGCUUUGGAGACGUGUGGGUAAUUAAGGAGUGGAGGGAGCGAGGUUGCGGUGGUAUCCAAGGUUGGCACUCCAUUGCACUCGUUGCUUUCAAGUGGUGAGGUGAUUGCGAGUCUCUGUGAUGGUGUGAAUCGCGCGGGAAGUGUUUGUGGAGCGCCAAGGCUCUCGUCUCGGCGCGUCCAAUCAUCCUGUGGAGUGUUAAUGAGGAAGGAAAACAAAUUAGUGUAACUGUCCACUUGAGACACGAUUAAUCUGAAGUUAUGUGAAGGAAUUUGUGAAAGUGUCGAAAAAUAUUGGAAAUCAUAAAAUCCAGACGAGUGCUAUUCUUUAAAAGUAAAUGUUGUAUAAUAUCGGGGUGUGAAGUGGAGCCUUUCGCAAACCACACAGGUGAUACUCUCAGUUGAGGAAGCAAGCUUCAGACGUGGCAGCGACAGGAGGUGCAUUCACGUAGUGUGUAAGGCGGUAGGCAAGAACCUGCCGCGACCACGGUGAGAAUGUGGUGGAAAGACGAACUAUGCAGAAGAAGCAGUCAACCACUUGUCAACCACUCCAACGGGAGCUCGGAUUCCUCCACGUCAACUCCCCAGCUCUUCAGCUUCUCCAGCUCCUCCUCGGAAAGCUUAGACACUUUCCCGCCAGCGCACAAAAACACAGUCUUCAUGCAAGGGUCCGGCGAGCGCAGGUCCUCCUCGCCCACCACGCCGGGGCGGAGAGCCUCUCUUGCUGCAGCCUUGAAUAAUUCCAUCCUGCGGCGGCGAAGUUCUGGCCGCAGCAGGUCCUCUGUACGACACAAAGAGUCCUCGUUCGCGUCCGUGUGGCGUCGCUGCCUUCCGUGCACCCUCGCCUCGGGCUACAGCGGCAUCCCCUUGUUGGUGAGGCAGCGGAGUCGUGGGGGCGCUGCCGGGGGCUCCAUGUCGGGCCCCACGAGAGGAAGGCGCAACAGCGUGGCGGGCGGCCCCAGGAGGCAGCUCUCCCGCCGUGUCUCGAGGCGGGACUCACGGCGGGGCACCAAGAACAGGCGGCGCAGCUCAGUCCACCCGCCCAUCCACAUGCCUAAGGAGGGCGAGGCGGAGGAAGAGAAGGAGGAGAAGGAGAAGGUCCCCACCAUGCGGAGACUCUCCCGCCUGCUGUCCAACGCCGGUCCCGCCCUCGUCCGCCGCGUCUCCAAGCUGCGCAGGAAAAGCUUAGCUCGUGAGUAUCCAAAGACCUUGUUCAACUUUGUCUCCGUAGAGGCCGACGGGCUUUACUGUGCGUCCGUGUCAUCAGCGUUGGCCUCAGUUCAAUUUUGGCUUGACUGAGGCAGCGGUUCUUUAUGAUCUUGACCCCGAGGGCGUCCGGACGGCUGGUGGUCUCCCUCUGUAUAUUGUUUGGUCUCAUUAUUGGAGUUACCUGUGUAUAAAUGCAUAAUCUAGAAGGAGAGGAAUUGUAUAGCCUUUUUAGAUUGCUUCACAUGUCAGGCAGCUCAAUACAUUACGGACAGCGGCCAGUCAGCGUCUGCAUAAAUUAUACAUUUUUCUGGCGCUGCCCAGCAGAUGUAGCCUGCCAGCGUGGACGGCUGACACAGCUUUUGGACAACCAAAGACAGCUUAGGUAACUGUCGCUGCAACGCACGCAUUGAAGCGACUUGCAUGCAUAUUGUAAGAGAGAACUAGGAUAUUUAUUACUUUAAAUU